AUAGAUCUAGGAGUAAUUAGAAGUGUGAAAUCAAUGUGAGCACUCGAUCAAAGCUCAUAUAAUGUCAGUCGAUCUGAUGGGCUCAUUCCGUCGUCAUUUGCAAAGAUGAACUUAACAAGUCGUGUUUGUUUCUGGUUCUGUUUGGGAAUCACUGCUGUGGUAGUUACUCAUGGCCAUCCCCCAACUAGAAAAGUGUGUUUUACCAAGAUUUUGAACAGCCACAGCAAAGUCUCCAUCAAAAACAAACACGAUGACCAGGUCAAUGUCACUGAGGUGUCGGUCCUGCAGACUUACUCCAAGCAGAAGUGUAUUCUGAAUUGGAACUACGGAUUUUACGGCUCUCACGUCUACACUAAAGACUGCAAAGCAAAGUUGAAGGUGUGCUACCGCAAGCUAAUUGACAUAGGUUGUCGUGUAGUAACACUGUCCAGCACAUCCCAUGAACCAAACAAGAUUGUCUUCAAGAAGGGCAAGAUUUAUAAGAUGGAGCUCUUAAGACAUUUACAAGACUCUAAGAUGUGCAAGCGAGGCUUCAGCUUUGACUACUUGAGAAAUUCUGCGUGGUCCAUGAAAGGCUGUAAGGCUCAGUUCAAAGUCUGCAUCAAAAAGAAUUCUGGAAACCACAAAAGCAGAAACGACUGUGAUUAUUGUAUAAUUCAACAGUAAGGAUGGAGCCUUUUAAUCUGUUAGAACUGGAUACUAUAAACGUAACAAAUGCUGAAUAAAGAUCUGAGAUGAAAUCCUU